AGUUUAGGGCUCAUGCGAAUCUCACAGCACCGAAUCAAAGUGAUUUAUUCAUUCAUCCACAUGUAACCUUAAUAUUGUGAUUAUGCUUAAUAUCUAAAACUGUGACUUGGUCGCUCGUGUGCAUACAUAGAUAUAAAAAAUGAAAACCCUUUUCUUCCCAUCCCAUCCCUUUCCCUCACCCGCCGCCUUGAAGUUUAAGUUAAAUAUAUAUUUGCAUUGUUGAAGCGCAUUGAGCAUAAACAGAGGGAGGCAGCUUUUCCUGAUUUUGAUUCUCUUAUCCACAUUCCCUCCUUUCCAUUUCUCAUUCCCAUACUGCGAAAUUUAUCAAGGCAUUUCUCAAGGAAAAGAAAAAAAAUAUGAAGUACGUGCUGGUUACUGGAGGCGUUGUUAGCGGUCUGGGGAAAGGGGUAACCGCUAGCAGUAUCGGUCUUCUCCUUAAAUCAUGCGGCUUUCGCGUCACUUCCAUUAAGAUUGAUCCUUAUCUCAAUACUGAUGCCGGUACAAUGUCCCCUUUUGAGCAUGGCGAGGUUUUUGUCCUCGAUGAUGGAGGCGAGGUGGACUUAGACCUUGGAAACUAUGAGCGGUUUCUUGACAUUACGUUAACGCGUGACAAUAAUAUAACAACAGGAAAGAUUUAUCAGUAUGUUAUUAACAAGGAGAGAAAGGGAGAUUAUCUUGGAAAGACUGUUCAGGUUGUUCCUCACAUUACAGAUGCGAUACAAGAGUGGAUAGAACGUGCAGCAUUGAUACCAGUAGAUGGGAAGGAAGGUCCUGCCGAUAUUUGUGUCAUUGAAUUAGGUGGAACAAUAGGGGACAUUGAAUCUAUGCCAUUUAUUGAGGCACUUGGGCAAUUCUCCUACCGCGUAGGCACUGGCAAUUUCUGUUUGGUUCAUGUCAGCCUUGUGCCCGUUCUCAACGUUGUUGGUGAACAGAAAACAAAGCCUACCCAGCAUAGUGUUCGUGGACUUAGAGGACUUGGCUUGACACCAAAUAUUCUUGCUUGUCGCAGUACAAUGGCGCUUGAUGAAAAUGUCAAGGAAAAGCUCUCUCGGUUUUGCCAUGUGCCGGCAGAAAAUAUUGUCACACUCUAUGACGUUCCAAAUAUUUGGCACAUUCCUUUACUACUAAGGGAUCAAAAGGCACAUGAAGCACUCUUGAAAGAACUGAACCUCCUAGGGAUUGCAAGGAAACCUGACUUAACAGAGUGGACUGCUAGGACCAAAGUUUAUGACAUACUUCAUGAUCCUGUUAAAAUUGCCAUGGUUGGAAAAUAUGUUGGGCUUAAAGAUUCUUACCUUUCUGUUUUGAAGGCACUUUUGCAUGCAUCUGUUCGCUGCCGCAAGAAGCUAGUUGUCGAGUGGGUUGAAGCAAGUCAUCUUGAAGAUAUUACUGCUAAAGAGGAUCCUGACACUUACAAAGCAGCAUGGAAUCGUUUGAAGGGUGCUGAUGGUAUCUUGGUUCCCGGAGGUUUUGGUGAUAGGGGAGUGCAAGGGAAAAUUCUUGCUGCGAAGUAUGCUCGUGAAAGCAAAGUUCCUUUCCUGGGCAUCUGCCUUGGGAUGCAAAUAGCUGUAGUAGAGUAUGCACGUUCGGUUCUUGGCCUGUAUGAUGCAAAUACUGAAGAGUUUGAUCCUCAAACCCCAAAUCCUUGUGUCAUAUUUAUGCCAGAGGGUUCUAAAACUCAUAUGGGAGGAACAAUGCGUCUGGGAUCAAGGAGGACUUACUUCAAGGUUCCUGACUGCAAAUCUGCCAAGUUGUAUGGUGAUGCAACCUUUGUUGAUGAACGGCAUCGGCAUAGAUAUGAGGUCAAUCCUGAUAUGAUAUCACAACUUGAAGCAGCUGGUCUAUCAUUUGUUGGCAGAGAUGAAAGUGGUAGGCGGAUGGAGAUUGUAGAACUACCAAGUCAUCCAUAUUUUAUUGGUGUUCAGUUCCAUCCUGAAUUCAAGUCCAGGCCUGGAAAACCAUCUGCACUUUUCUCAGGGCUUAUCGCUGCAUCAUGUGGGCAAAUGGACUUGCUUUUAAACAAAUCUGAUCAUUUGAGCAAUGGAAUGGCAAAUGGGAUAAAUGGGAAAGCAACUUCCAAGCCCCGGGCAAACGGAAACUGUUUCAAGUCAUCCAACGGAUCAUUAAAUGGUGUAUACAGCAAUGGUAAUGGUGUCCACCAUUAAGGAAGCUGGAUAGAACUCUUCUGGUUAUGGGUUUAAGUGUGCGUCUCCAAGAGCUUUACAUGGACAACGUUUUUUAUUAUGGGUUUAAGUUUCCCCAAGAGUUUUUCAAUAGAACUUGGGCGUGUCUGUACAGUGGUUGAGUACAAGUAGGGUUUAGCAAUUGAGAAACAUACUUUUUUCCAGGGAGUUGUUGGGUUUUUGGUGUUUGAUGAAACGGAUAUAUAUAUAUAUAUCAUUAUAUGCAACAGGAGGUUAGAGAAUAUGGACAAGAGGUGUCCAAAGUUGAACUUAAUAUCCUCUGUUUGCUAGGAUUUUGGCUUUAAUUCAUUUAGAUUGUAAGAAGAGAAUGCUCUAUCAACAAUUGAAGACCUAGCAUUCCUCUGCAACUAUACACAAGCCUUUGUGUUUGCAGUAGAAGAAACUGCAUGAUGAUGAAGAUGCUGAUGAUGUUGCAUUUUAGAUUAGAGAAAUUGGAAUCUCUCUUAUAUUAUUCUAGGUUGAUCUUUCAUUCAAACUGAUUUGAGUUUUGAGUUUUAUGAUAUAUGUAUUGCAGUUUCAUAUCAAGCCUACUUCUGGAUUUUAUUCUCUGAUAUAAAGACAAAUAUUAUCAUCAUUGUUAUGGAGUUAAAAUUGAUCAUGAUAUCGGAUCCAAAUCUUCAAUAACAAAA